GAGUGUAACAUUCUCACUUCACUUCCUUUGGGAGGUGCUGUAAUAGCUUCAGCACCAGUAGAAACUCCAAAUCCAGGCAGUGGCGAUGAUGAAAUAUUAGUUUCCAUACCAAUCAUUAGUGGAUUAGAAGGUUGUGCUGAAUCUGACAGAAGUUCUACAGGAAAAACUGCUGCAAGUGAUCAUAAUCCAUCCAGUAAUUUUGCUACACACCAGGAUCCUACUAAUGAGCAUACUCCAUCCCUCCCUGAUGUAUUGACUUCUCCUGGGGCAGGUGCUACACAAACUUUUAUCACUGUCACGCCAGAACAGUCCAAUGUUUCAUCAGGCCAAAUGAAACGGACAAGACUUAGUAAAGCCUCAUCCAAUGAUACUACUUCACCUAGGGAACCCACUAACGAGCAUACCCCAUCCCUCCCUGAUACUAUAUUGGCUACUCCAGUGACAGGUGCUGCACAAACUCCAGCUGUUACCCCAGAACUGUCCCAUGCUUCAUCAAGCCAAAGGAAACGGACAAGAGUUAGUGGAGCCUCAUCCGAAAGUCCAAAGAGAAAGAGAUCAAGAAACUCAUUUCGUUGGAAGGCGACUGUUCGAAAACAGCUCAAGAAUUUGGGUCAGCCUUACACAUCAGCCAAAGGCAAAGCUAUGGAAGGAGCUCUUAUGAGGAACCCAUGUUCUUGUAAAUCUAACUGCAGGCACAAAUUAACGGAGGAUCAAAGGAAAGCAAUAUUUACACAGUUUUGGGGAAUUGGAAACCAUGAGAGACAGUGGGAGUACAUCCGGCAAAACUCCAACUCUAAGUGCACUGAUAGUAAGAGAAGAAAUUUUACCGGCAAGAAAAAAACCAACAGAACAUUUUUCUUCUUGGUAGAUGUUCUGAAAGAAGUUGAGAAGGAUGUUGAAAUAGGGGAUGAUAUAGUCACAGAGACAAUACAAGAAAUAGUGACUGAGAAAAUAAUUAUUUGCAAAAAAAUGUUUAUGGCAACACUUGGAAUUUGGGACUCAUGGAUCGACAGUGCUUAUAAACAUUUGAAUGCUAAGAAGGGCAAUAUCACAACGCCUGACAAGAGGGGUCGCCAUCCAAACCACCCUAAAGCAGUUACUCCUGAGAAAAUUGAAACAGUGAAGGAGCACUGUAAUUUGUUUCCUCGAGUCCCUUCUCAUUAUUGCAGGGAAAAGUCUAAAAGGGAGUAUCUAGAACAUGGUCUCAGCCUUAGCAAAAUGGCCAAACUAUACACUAAAUGGGCAGAAGAGAAAGGCCUCCCUAAAAACAAAGUUGCCACUGCAAGGCAGUAUAAAGAUGUAGUAAAUACUAGUUUCAACAUUGGCUUCUUCAAGCCGAAGAAAGACCAAUGUGCCCUCUGUGCCUUGAUAAGAAGCAAACACAAUCCCAGACAUAUCAAAGACAAGUACAAAGAUCUAUAUGCUGCUCAUAUUAAACGCAAACAAUUGGUCAAAAAAAUUAAACUUAGAGACCGAGCUGCUGCAGAAAAGGACAAAGAAAUUGCAGUUAUUUCAUUUGAUCUACAGAAGCAGCUACCUUGCCCUAGAUCUGAGGAAGUUGAACGAAAUGGCCACUGUUAUGUUUGGCACGAAGGGUUGGCCAAGAAAGGCAGCAAACCAGGACACACGCAUAUGGAUGCGGACACAAUUCAUGCAAGAAUAGAAAACUCAACAAAUUUGAAGGAAAUAAUGGAUUUUGAAGACUGGAUUGUAGCUAUCUCUGAAGCCAAAGAGACUUUGCCUCCAUACAAUGUAAUCAAACUGAAGCAAUCUAUGAUUUUUGACUACAAGCAUUUAGUUUCCUUGCAGAACUGGAAAAAAGAUAUGAAAGGUAAAGAAAUCAAGUGGAGUAAAGCGAGAGAAGUCAGCAUUGACGGAAGGGAAGGCAACCUGGUCAGACUCCGCUAUGAUUUGGAUGGAGAAAUCUUCACACUAAGCCCUAAUCAAGUUGGAAGGCCAGUCAAUCUAAAAACUUUCAAGCCUCCAAAACAAUAUAAUGGGCCAGUCCCUCUCACCGCCAGCAAAAGAGCUGAUAUUGAAGCGCUCUGUAAGGAACUGGCAAUUCCCCUCGACAAGCAGCAGUUCUUCCGUGAUUGUGGUGACGACUUGGAUGAAGUAGAAUAUGAAACCGAUGAAGAGAUAAUUGCCUCCAUUCAGCCAAAUUACAAUCAAGAUGAGAAUAGAGAUGAUGACGAUGAUGAUGGAGAUAAAGCGGAAGAAGAAGAUGACCCGGAAGAUGAAGAUGGUAAUGAAGAUGAAGAUGAUAAUGAAGAUGAUAAUGAAGAUGAUGAAGAUGAAGAGCAGUAG